CAGGUCAGUUCGUGUUCAUUCUGUAUGAUGUAAUAACCCGGCAGUCUGUCUGGGUACUAGGCAUACACGUGAAACACCUUGUUACAGAGAGCAGUUAAGUGGGACAAUCUACUUUUGAAAGAGUGAAUAAGUCGAAAAUACUGAACUUGAAUACAAAUCCUGCAUAGGAAGACCGUGGAAGGACCGAAGCAGGUGACUCUAGUGGUAGAAACUCGGUUGUGGCACUGCGGCCCCUGUCCUUCGAGUCAUGGAGGGGAGACACGCUCCUGCAGACACCGAUCCCAUACCAACCAGCCCUGCUAAGCCCUGCAGGACGUGUGUGGACUUCAGGUCGUGGAUGAAGAGUCAGCGGACCCGUGGGGAGGAGGCAGCCAGGCCGGGUAAGACUAACAGUACCACAGAGGAUGGAACAGCAACAACAACACUAGCAGCAGCAGCAGCAUCCGGCAUCUCAACACAAAGGGGAUCACAGGCAAAUGACACCUCAUCGUCCACUAGUUCCCAAAAGAAUGGUGUACAAGAUGAAGGGCAUCCACCCCUCUGGGGAGAUGCAGCAAAAUAUGGGUGCCCAGCAGACAGUUUGGCCCUGGGACGUGGCACUUGGCGGCUCUUGCACACUAUGGCAGCUUACUACCCUGACCAGCCAUCCUCCCAGCAGCAGCAAGACAUGCGUUCCUUCAUCACACUCUUCUCUAAGUUCUACCCAUGUCCACCGUGUGCAGAGGACUUCAGGGAAUGGCUGAAGACCAACACCCCUAAAGUGGACUCCCGCAGUGGCCUCUCCCAGUGGUUCUGUGAGGCACAUAAUGAGGUCAACAAGAAGCUGCAGAAGCCACUCUUUGACUGCAAACGUAUCAAUGAGCGGUGGCUUGACGGCUGGGCGGACGGCUCGUGUGACUGAGUGGUAGAGAAACGUUGUCUCUGUACACUGGCCAGGGAACUUGUUCGCAUGAAAAGGUUGUUUUUCCAGAAAUGUAUCUUUGGUACAUGAAGAUUUUAUAUAUACAUAUUUUUAAAAUUUUUAAUAUUUUGAGUAGAUACUGUAUAUAAGCUAUAUUUGAUAAACUAUAUAUAUAUAUAUAUAUAUAUAUUUAUAUAUUCAUAUAUAUAUAUAUAUAUAUAUAUAUAUAUAUAUAUAUAUAUAUAUAUAUAUAUAUAUAUAUAUAUAUAUAUAUAUACUCGUAUAUAAGCAGAACAUCCUACAGUAUGACUGUAUUUGAGAACUAACAAAGGAGCAUUACAUGAAGACAGAGUUUCCUUUAUUAUUUACUGAAAGCAUCAUAACCAAACAAGUGAGUGAUUGUGUGCUUGUCAAAUUCUGCAUGUCUUGAAAACUAUUGCAAAUAUGUAUUCUGAGUAAUGGAGUGCAGCUCAGGGAAGUGUUUUCCUUGUGUUUAUGAGAUUUAUAGAGAUUGAAAUAACAGACUUAAAGCAAAACAAAGUUCAGGUGAAGAAUACCAUGAAGUUUGUUUGUUCUGUAUAUGUGAUGCAAUAAUGCAUAUGUUGUUGGGCAGUAAGUGUUGUCUUGAGCUACAUGAUAGCAGUUUACUUGGCCAAACUCACACAUGACUUGACACUGAUAGAUGUUAGAAAUAGUGACAUUGAUAUGAGAAACUCAGGAUUGUAUGAAACUAUAUUAGAGUAGUAUGACUCACUUUUCUUAAGAAAGAAGUUUAAAGGUUUACUGGUAGCUGCAUCUCAUGCAUAAUUGAAUAUGUUUUUUUUUUUUUUUUUUUUUUUUUUCUUGAAAAGUUAUCUUUACAAAACCGGUGUUUCUUCACGUGUUCUGUUCACCAGCUAGUUGCAUACUUUAAUACUUCAUAGGAUUAUUUCUUUCAUCUCUCCUUUAGGUUGCAUCCACACUGUCAAACACUGUUCAUCAGAUAAACAUUGUUACCAGAUAGCAAUAGUUAGAGAAAAGGAGUGUUGGUGACCUCAGAAGUGAGUACCAUGGACUAACAGUCUUUGCCUGUGUUCACAUGUUCAUAAUUCAGAAUUUUGUAUACAGAGUGACAGGAGACAGGCAUAGAACUACAAUAUUGCCAAGAUGAUUCAAGGCUAUCACUUUCUUUGGUGACGGUGUUUGUCCAAUGGAGAUGUUUGCCUGUGUGUGUGUGUGUGUGUGUGUGUGUGUGUGUGUGUGUGUGUGUGUGUGUGUGUGUGUGUGUGUGUG